AUGGAGUUCCCUGAAGAACGAUAUUAUGGACUUAAUCGUAUUCUUUUAUCAACGGUUGGUCUUUGGCCAUAUGAUAAUUUUAAAGUCAGAUAUUUCCGUUUUAUAUUAACAUUACUAAUAAAUAUAUCAUUUUUAAGUACUCAGUGGACAAAAUUGUGCGUCUCAGAACAUAAUUCCGAUCUUUUUUUAAAGAUUCUAUCUUAUAAUAUCGUUUUUAUACUAUUUUUUAUAAAAUAUAUCACAUUUUAUGCUAUUCUAAAAAAUAUUAAAGAAUUCCGGGAACGUAUUCGAAAUAAUUGGGACACUUUGAUAGAUAAACACGAAAUCGAAAUAAUAUGUAAACAUGGAAACAUCGGGAAAUUACUUACAUUAGUUUUAACAAUAUCUGUGUAUAUAAUCAUUAUUUUAUUUUAUAUUUUAUCUCAAUAUGUUUCAAUUUUACUCGAUAUUGUGUCACCUUUAAAUGAAUCUCGUCCGCGCAAAUUUGUAUUUCCUGUAGAAUAUUUUAUUGAUCAUGACAAAUAUUUUUACAUCAUAACAUUACACAUAGCUAUUGGACUAUUGAUUGCAACAACCAAUGCACUAGCUACUGAAUCAUUUUCAUUAACAAAUGCAUUACAUGCUUUCAGCUUAUUUAAAAUUGCUAGUUAUCGUAUGAAAUAUAUAUUAAGCGAAAUUAAUUCGCAAAUGUGUAUAACUGAAAAGUAUGCCAUAUCUCAUAAAAGAAUAGUCGCUGCAGUAGACUUUCAUAGAAGAGCAAUCGAAUUUUCUGAAUUAUUGAAAACGAGUUUUGGACCAGCAUAUUUAAUUUUGUUUGUGAUUGGUGUAUGUUCAGUAAGCAUCAAUUUAUUUAAUUUAUUUCAAAUAAUAAUGAUAGAAAGAGAUAUCUUAGAAAUUAUUAAAUCCAGUCUAUUCAUAGCAAUACAUAUUUUAGCUUUAACUCUAGCUAAUUAUGCUGGGCAGGAAUUUAUAAAUUGUGAUAUGCAUUUCUAUCGUACAGUGUGUAAUACAGAAUGGUAUAACACUCCGUUGAAAACACAAAAAUUAAUGCUCUUCUUGAUACAAAAAACUACAAAAUGUUACAAGGUUGAUGCCGGUGGUAUGUUUAGUCCUUGUUUGGAAGGUCUUGCUACAAGUUUAAGUAUGGCGCUUUCUUAUUUUAUGGUUCUUUGUUCUAUAUAAUUAGCAUCCAAAACUAUAAAGAGCUGUUUUAUUACCUUAGAAGUAUAUGAUACAAGUUUUAAUAAUAUAAUAGUCAGUAAAAUUAAUUGAUU